AUGCCAAAGGGAGGUAAUAACAAGGCGAAACAACUGGAUGCGGGAGCUGAGUCCCGAGUGGAAGCUAAUGCUAGUACUGGCUCGACUGGGGACACAGCGCAAAACAGUUCUGCUAAUGGCCAACAGGUCCUUGAUGCAAUUUCACCGCUUAAGCAAGAGUUGUUCAACAAAAUAGACAAAAAAGCAAAUCAAACGCAAGAGGAAUUGCGCAGUGCCGUAGGCACUAUAAAUAAGAGGCUAGACGACAAUGAGACCCGCACAACUGAUCUGGAGGUGGGCGUCUCUACCAACGCGGACGCUAUAGCGGCUUUGGAGUCUGAAGUGCUGAAUAUGAAGAAAGACCUUAUCACUCUGAAGGCCCGAUGUGAGGAUUUAGAGGCACGAUCACGUAGAUGCAACAUUCGUGUCACCGGAGUGAAAGAAGGGCGAGAGCACGGCAAACAUCCCUCCCAAUUUGUGGCGACAUUGCUGAAAGAUGCACUUGGUCUGGAUAAGUCGCCGUGUUUGGAUAGAGCGCACAGGUCUCUCCGCGCAAUGCCAACUCAGGAGGACCAGCCACCAAGAGCAUUCACCGUGAAAUGUCACUACUACACUGAAAAAGAAAUGCUUCUGAAGAGGGCAGCGGAAUCCAGGUUUGGGUUGAUAACCACCGCUGACGGGGAUCGCAUUCGUCUCCUUCCUGACUUCACUCAAGCCGUGAGUAAACAGCGCGCGGCGUUCACGGAGGUUUGGAAUCUGCUUCGAGGCUGCGUGGGUGUACGCUAUGGGCUCAGGUACCCGGCUACACCGAGGAUUACCACCGCGGAUGGUCAUGAGAGCACGUUCAAAGACCCCAGGUCAGCAAAAGACUUUGUUCUGAGGGAAAUAAAGAGUGCGUGA